UCCGUGCCGGCGUGGCCCGAGCUGGCACCUGGCGAGCCGGCUGCAUCCCGGCGGCCUCUCCUUGGCCCGUCUGGGCGGUCAGAGGCGGGGCUGCCGCUUCCCUGACGGGCUGGCCGAGAGCCAGGCCCCGGGGAGGCCGCUCGCGGUUUUCGGCGAUUCCAGGACACGUGAUUGCUGUUUAGGGACCACUGCAGCCCCGGUCCACGUCGUAGACUCUUCAGUACACGUGGGAAUCGAGCUGCCAGGUGUCCACGACCAUGGCGGUGAACCUGUUGGAGGACUGGUGCCGGGGGAUGGAAGUGGACAUCCACAGGUGCCUGUUGGUCACAGGUAUCCCGGAGGACUGUGGCCAAGUGGAAAUUGAGGAGACCUUGAAUGGGGUCCUCUCCCCGCUGGGCCCGUACUUUGUGCUCAACAAGAUUUUUUUGAGGGAAGAGAAUGCCAAAGCUACCCUCAUUGAGGUAGGCGAGGGUGUGAAUCUGAGGGCCAUACCCCGGGAAUUCCCUGGAAGGGGGGGCAUCUGGAGAGUGGUCUGUAGGGACCCCACCCAGGAUGCUGAGCUUUUAAAAAACCUGAGUGAAUUCCUGGCUGCAGAGGGGCGCACCUGGGAGGAUGUGGUCCGCCUGCUGCAGCUCAGCCAGUCCCCACCACCCCAGAACCGGAAUCAGCCCCCAGAGAACUGGGCAGGAGCUCUGGGGGUGCUUCUGGGGGCGGUGGUGCAAAUCAUCUGGUGCAUGGAUGGCGAGAUCCGCAGCCGGGAGGAAGCUAGGGCUCCAGAGGUUGCUGAGGCCCAAGCAGUGGCAUCCUUGGCUUUGGCAACAGUGAGGAAGGUCAAGAAGGAGCCAGGGUGGGCUGCAGAGGUGGGCUCUGCCUUGAAGAUGGAGAACCCGGACGGCUGGAAUGACGUGGAAGAUGAGGGGGACCCUCUUGAACCUCUGGUUCAGAAGGCUGGAGCUAAGACUUGCCCCAGGAGAAAGAAGCAGAAAAAAACUCCCGAGCAGGAACCAGUGCCCUGGAAGAAAUCCAGAGGCAACCAUUCCCACAGAGAAUAUAUCAGGAGCAACAGAAAGCCCUGUGUGAAGCAGGAGGGGUCAGCUUUGAAGAAGGCCCUAGCAAAAUGUGCCUGGAGGUCUCCCAGCAACCCGCCCCACGAUGCCCAGGCAGAAGCUGCGAGCCCUGGAGUUGCCUCUGAGUCAGACCACGAUGGCGGUCCAGAGGGUCCACCAAAGAAGAAUACCAUGGUCUGGGCCUCGGCAAAGAGCCCUGCUCCCACGAGGAAGAAAAAGAAGGUGAGCUUGGGUCCCGUCUCUUAUGUCCUUGUCGAUUCGGAAGACACCAGGAAGAAGCCAGAGAUUCCAAAGAAAGGGCAAGGCUCGAGAAGGGAUGCAUUGGAUCAGAAGGCCCUUCGGAGCCCACAGCACGCUAAGCCACCAGCCUCAACCUCCCAGGGUCCAAAAGCCAAGCCACAAGGCUCUCCUCAUGCCUCCAGUGGUGAGAAUGACAGCAGAAGUCAUUUGGGUUGUGUUAACAAGUGGCUGAAGGGGGAGGAACAGCAUGGGCAGGUGGGGACGGAGGAACCCAAGGGGACAGAGGGUCCGAUGGUCGUUGAGGAGGACCCCAGUGCAGUGGAGGGAGUGGGUGACACACCAGUUGAGGUUUUAGAGUCUGGGAGCCCUGACCCCCCUCCUAGGAGCCCCUGA